AUGGCCAGCGACAAGUCAGAUGCCCACAAGCAGGAUGCUCAAAUCAAGUCUGCAGACAUGAGCGACGAGAUGCAACAAGAGGCCAUUGAAGUCGCACAAACGGCUAUGGAGCAGUUCACUAUCGAGAAGGACAUUGCCCAGUACAUCAAGAAGGAGUUCGACAGUCGGAAGGGUGCUACAUGGCACUGCAUCGUCGGCCGCAACUUUGGAAGCUUUGUCACGCAUGAGACGAAGCAUUUCAUCUACUUCUACCUCGGACACUGUGCUAUCUUGCUCUUCAAGACUCAGUAG